AUGGCUAAGGUUUACCCCCAGACACCCACUUUUGCAUCCAGCUUGACCUCAAAAAGAGAAACGUUUACUAUAUGGAUGAAGUCACUAAUGUUCCAAGGAAAUGGCUGCACUGUCUUUGACUCCAAUGGCGAAAUCGUUUAUCGAAUUGAUAACUACAACGAAAAGUGCUGUGAUGAAGUUCAUCUCAUGAAUCUCCGAGGCAAAGUUCUCUUUUCUAUACGACAGAAGAAACUUCAGGUUUUUGGACGAUGGGAGGGCUAUAAAUGGGGUGAUAGCAGAAUGAAGAAGGAGAGACCAUUGUUUCAAGUGAGGAAAUAUUGCAGGCUUCUUAGUAAAGAAAUAAUCUGUCGUGUCAUUUUGGGUCGUGAUAAGGCCAAAGCAAGAUGCUACCGGAUAGUCGGGUUGGCUGGAAAAUCAGCAUUCAAGAUCAUAGACGAUGAUGGCGCAUUAGCAGCAGAGGUUAAACAAAAGCAGUUAUCUUCUGGUGUCCUUUUGGGCAAUGAUGUAUUAACUUUGGUGGUGGAACCCCAAACAGAUCAUUCACUAAUGAUGGCUCUUGUGACUGUUUAUGAGUUGAUCAUGCGGAAACUGUGAAUAAUUAGCCCGAUUUGUUAUCCCUGUAGGAUACAAAUAUAUCCUUUCAAUGGUAGGCAGGGAUAUGAAGGUUUUUUUUUCUUCGAAAGAGCUUUUCGGGUCGCCGACAAUCUUGCAGGCUUGUAUUUUUCCAGUUUAUGAAUGAAGAAGCAAAUAGAG